UUCAUCGAGUCUGCCAUGUUUUGUCCUACUUGUCGCGCUUGAUCAACGCGUUCGCGAUUUCUGUUCCAAACUACUAUUUUUCUGAAUGUAUUACAGGCUGUGUUUUGUUUACAAAUAGUGUAGUUUAUAACUCUGUAAUUAUUUAAGUGUAGCUUUAUAUUAAGCUACCAAUUUUGAUACUCGUGUGAAUAAUGGUGUAGUUCGUAUUUCAUCAAAUUUUGAAACCGUUCAAAAGCUUGCCACAGUUGUAAUCUGUAUUCGGUGAAUCCGUCGCAAUUUUUGGAAACGUUUGUUUGUGUCUGCCGAGGUGAUUACCCAUCACAUCGGUUCUGUGACGCAACCCACGUGCACAUAAUACAGCAAGCAUCUCAUGCACAUUUGUUAUUAUUUUGUUCGCGGCUCGCGAGUUCGUUUCUAAGCCGUGAGGAUCGAAUCGGAUCGAAGAAGGGAAAUCGCGUCGUCCGUCUUGCUCCCUCACGGCGCGUUCCAUUCUGUUGCAUUUAUCCAUUUUCAUUAAUCGAAAUAAGUUUUUUUCGUUCGGGUGUGCAUAAUUGUUUUCGUGCGCGAAGGCUAGUGUUUGUUGGUGGUGCGAGCGCUGUGGAGGCGCACGGCACACGUGACGCGAGACGAGUGUUUGGGUGUCAGUGGUCGGUGGGCGCGCGUACUCCGGUUGCACUCUGCAGUGCGGCGUGCGUCGUGCGUCGGAGGUGAUUCACCGGGCGGCUUGUUGAUCGUGCUUAUUUACCCGCGAGUGCAUCACAAGUGCGUGGAGGAAGUGCAAAGGCAUGUGUGGCGCGCGACGGCGCCGAUGACACCGCCGUCCGGGGCGACGGCGAUUUAAAACAGUGAACCGUGUGUUAGCUAUGCGUUUCGGGUUAUGAGUGUGUGACAAAGUUGAAGGGUGCUGAGGACACUGGAGCCCCUAGACGGAGUUGGGCCCGCCGGGGCGGCCCUGGUGCUUCUUGGGGCUCCUCACGAAGGCAAAAUGGCAGCGUGGAACCGCCAUCACCACUUCAACAUGCUCAUGGAUGAGAAUGCCAAAAACAAAUUGGGCGUUGUGGGCGGCGGCAUGCCGGAGGGCGCGGGCGGCGAGCGGCGGCACGUGCCGCUGUACGGGCGGCUGGUGGCCGAGGACCAGCUGCCCUCGAUGAGCGCGCCGUCCGACAUUCAGGUGAGCGCUAGAGCGCGCAACACCCGAGCUUUCUGCCGCUACCGUUACCCCCCACAGGCCAUGCAGGCGAGGAUACCACAUCACUUUCGGGAUCCUUCGACAGCACCGUUAAGGAAACUCAGCGUGGAUCUUAUCAAGACUUACAAACAUAUUAAUGAGGUUUACUAUGCAAAGAAGAAGCGGAGAGCGCAACAGUACCUUGGUGAUGACGGUUCACAUAAGAAGGAGAGAAAGUUAUACAACGAUGGGUACGAUGAUGAUAACCACGACUACAUCAUCAAACAGGGAGAGAAGUUCCUCGAUCGGUACGAAAUCUCCUCGCCCAUAGGAAAAGGAUCCUUUGGACAGGUUGUUAAAGCGUACGACCACGAGGAGCAGUGUCAAGUAGCGAUAAAAAUAAUUAAGAAUAAGAAACCCUUCCUAAACCAGGCACAAAUAGAAGUCAAGUUACUAGAAAUGAUGAACAGGGCAGAUGCUGAAAAUAAGUAUUACAUAGUGAAACUGAAGCGUCACUUUAUGUGGCGGAACCACCUGUGCCUCGUGUUUGAGCUGCUGUCGUACAAUCUGUACGAUCUGCUGCGCAACACAAACUUCCGCGGCGUCUCGCUCAACCUGACGCGCAAGUUCGCGCAGCAGCUCUGCACCGCUCUACUGUUCCUUAGUCAACCAGAACUAAAUAUAAUUCACUGUGAUCUUAAGCCUGAGAAUAUUUUGCUAUGCAACCCUAAGAGAUCAGCCAUCAAGAUUGUUGAUUUCGGCAGUUCAUGUCAACUAGGUCAAAGGAUAUACCAGUACAUCCAGUCGAGGUUCUACAGGUCUCCGGAGGUGCUGCUGGGCAUCCCGUACGACCUGGCGAUCGAUAUGUGGUCGCUGGGCUGCAUCCUGGUGGAGAUGCACACCGGCGAGCCCCUCUUCAGUGGCGCCAACGAGCUCGAUCAGAUGAACAAGAUUGUCGAAGUACUCGGCAUGCCACCGGAUCAUUUGCUCGAUCAGGCACACAAAACCAGAAAGUUCUUUGACAAAUUACCGGCGUCAGAGGGCGGCGGAUAUGUACUGAAAAAAGUUAACGGAAAGGAUGGCAGCGGGUACCGCAAGUACCGGCCGCCAGGGUCGCGGCAGCUGCACGACAUCCUGGGCGUGGAGGGCGGCGGACCAGCUGCGCGUCGUCGCGGCGAGCCUGGACACUCCGUCUCUGACUACCUCAAAUUUAAGGAUCUGAUCCUGCGUAUGCUGGAGUACGAUCCGAAGCAGCGAGUGACGCCGUACUAUUCGCUGCAGCACAACUUCUUCAAGCGCACCGCGGACGAGGCCACCAACACGCAGCAGGCGCAGGCGCAGUCGCACCACCAGCACGUGUGUAAUGUGUCGUCAGUGGGCGGCGCGCGGCUGUGGGGCCCCGCGGAGCGCAUGGAGGUGGAGAGCGUGCGCCGCGACGACGACAUGCUGCCCGUCUGCCAGCUGCAGCACAGCCCCGUUGCCAUACACUAGCGCGAGCCCGGCGCCCGCGCGCCCCCCGCGCCCACCGCGCCUCCCGCGCCCCCAGCGCCCCCCGCACAGCAUGCGCCCCGCGCACGCCCCAAAAAGCGCAGGCGGACGCGCAAGCGGGCGCGCUAGGCGCCGCCUGGGGGGCUAGCGGGCGCACGAACGGGCGCGCUGGACGCCAACGGGGCACGUUGGACGCCGCCGAGCGCGUUGGACGCCACCGAGCGCGUCACCUCAUCGGCAGUGACGCGAGCGAGUUGCGGUUCCCAGCCAAUGUGAAGUGCACGUCAUAGUGUGAGCGGGCGACACAGAUGGAUACUAAAGUGCUAGUUUCGUGACGAUUCACUGAAGACUUCACGAGUGAGCGUUGCAGAUUCGCAUCAUACGGUCAGUGUAAGCGAACGAACUAAAUUGCGAUCCGUAUCUAAAGUGACAGGUCUGAAUGUGACGCAAGAUAGGCUAUAGAGAAAAACAAUUUCAUGAUACUUAUAUGACGCGUUCGCUUUCGAAAACAAGUAAACAAAUGGAAAUGGAAACGGCAGCGCUAAACGUCUUCACGCAAGCUACGAUGCAGAUUGUCACCCGCUCACACCGGCGAACUACUUUAGUACUGUAUUAAAUGAACGGGUACGGCUUCGAGUUCGCAAUUCACUCGCUUUACAAACGUAUAAAGCUUGUGAAUAAUUCACAAGUGUAUACAAAAGGAGCAAAGUAUGUUAUCAUACUUGGACUUUGAGAAAUCUCAACCCGAGAUAUACAGUAGCGGAAUGCGAUGAUCGGAGUAAGAAGUUAUUUUAGUGGAACUGUUGUGUUUAAACAAAAACAUGAGUGCAGGAGAAAUGGACAUGGAAGCUAGGUGCUGUACAAAGACGAUUGCGUUGUUUAAAUGACAUUAAAGUGACUUUUGUACUCGGUUUAGUUUAAUUAGCACGGAGUCGUCUGCGUGGGGCGAGGGGCGAAGGGGCGGGGGAGGCUCCGCGCACACACACGAGCGGAGCGGAAAGCGGGUACGCUAGCGGAAACUGGCUUUAGAUUAAUUCAUUGCUCCAUAAUCGAAGACGAUA